CUUGCUGAGCGAGAGCGAGAAGCGGCCCUUCGUGGAGGAGGCCGAGCGGCUGCGUGUGCAGCACAAGAAGGACCACCCCGACUACAAGUACCAGCCGCGCCGCAGGAAGAGCGUGAAGACCAGCCAGGGCGACUCGGACACUGGCGAGCUGGGCCACCACCCCGGCAGUGCCAUGUACAAGACUGGCGCCGGCCUCGGGGAGGCACACCACCAUGGCGACCACACAGGGCAGACCCAUGGGCCGCCCACUCCGCCCACCACCCCCAAGACCGACCUGCACCAGGCUGGUGCUGGCAAGCCAGAGCUGAAGCUGGAAGGGCGCCGCCUGGUGGACAGCGGGCGCCAGAACAUCGACUUCAGCAACGUGGACAUCUCGGAGCUGAGCAACGAGGUCAUGGGGAACAUGGACGCCUUCGAUGUCCACGAGUUUGACCAGUACCUGCCACUCAAUGGUCAUGCAGCAGUGCCUGCUGAGUCUGGCCAGGCUGCUGGCUCCUUUGGGGGUGCCACCUACUCACACGCCGGGGCGUCCCCCGUGUGGGCCCACAAGGGAGCCCCGUCAGCCUCCGCAUCGCCCACUGAGGCUGGCCCCGUGCGGCCACACAUCAAGACGGAGCAGCUGAGCCCUGGCCACUACGGCAACCAGCCGCAUGGCUCGCCUGGCCGCUCCGACUACGGCGCCUAUGGCGGCCAGGCGAGCGUGUCCGCAGCUGCCCCUACCACAGCCACUGGCUCAUUUGCCAGCUCGCAGUGUGACUACACUGACCUACAGUCCUCUGGAUACUACGGCGCCUACCCUGGCUAUGCACCCGGCCUCUACCAGUACCCCUACUUCCACUCACCGCGCCGGCCCUACACCUCGCCCCUGCUCAACGGCCUGUCCCUGCCGCCCGCCCACAGCCCCCCUAGUAACUGGGACCAGCCCGUGUACACCACCCUCACCAGGCCAUGA